CCAAUAUAUUCAGCCAGAAAGAAGAGAAUCUUAUACUAAUUCAAUGGCUACUUUGUGUAUAGGUUCAGCUCCUAUUUACCAAAAUGCAUGUAUCCAUAAUUUUCGUCUUCAACGUCCUCGUCGUUUCAUAUCCAAAUCCAUGACAAAAACGAUGCCGGAUGCUAAUCCUCUUGACCUCCGUCGACGCUCGGGCAACUAUCAACCUUCUUCAUGGGACCAUAGUUAUCUCCUCUCCAUCGAGAACAAAUAUGUGAAUGAAAAAGAAGUGAUAACUAGACAUGUGUUGAAGAAAAAGGUGAAGAAGAUGCUAGAGGAAGUAGAGACGAAGAGCCGUCUCGAGAAAUUAGAGCUCAUCGAUGAUUUACAAAAGCUUGGGGUUUCGUAUCAUUUUGAGCAAGAAAUAAAUAACAUUUUGACAAAUUUUCAUCUUGAAAAUGGAAAAAAUAUUUGGAAAUGUGACAAGGAAGAAGAUUUACAUGCAACCGCACUCGAAUUCCGACUUCUUAGACAACAUGGUUUUGGUGUCUCAGAAGAUAUAUUUGAUGUAAUCAUCGACAAAAUCGAAAGUAAUACGUUCAAGAGUGACAAUAUAACAAGUAUCAUCACUCUAUACGAAGCAUCGUAUCUCUCCACGAAAUCGGAUACUAAAUUGCAUAAAGUCAUCAGGCCUUUUGCAACAGAACAAAUAAGAAAUUUCGUUGAUGAUGAAAGUGAAACUUACAACAUUAUGUUACGUGAGAUGGCGAUCCAUGCGUUAGAAAUACCGUACCAUUGGAGAAUGAGAAGGCUAGAGACGAGAUGGUAUAUAGAUGCAUACGAGAAGAAACAUGACAUGAAUCUUUUUUUGGCCGAAUUCGCCAAAAUCGAUUUCAAUAUCGUACAAACUGCUCAUCAAGAAGAUGUCAAAUACGUUUCCUGUUGGUGGAAGGAAACAGGUUUGGGUAGUCAACUUCACUUUGUAAGAGACAGAAUUGUUGAGAAUUAUUUUUGGACCGUUGGAAUGAUAUAUGAACCACAAUUUGGAUAUAUCCGACGGAUCGUGGCUAUAGUUGCUGCACUUAUUACAGUUAUUGAUGACAUCUACGAUAUUUAUGGUACUCCUGAAGAACUUGAGCUCUUCACUGCUAUGGUUCAAAAUUGGGAUAUAAAUCGUCUUGAUGAGCUCCCCGAAUACAUGAAGUUGUGUUUUCUUACAUUGUUUAAUGAAAUCAAUGCCAUGGGAUGUGAUGUUCUCAAAUGUAAAAAUAUUGACGUCAUUCCUUAUUUCAAAAAAUCGUGGGCAGAUUUAUGUAAAGCAUAUCUAGUUGAAGCAAAGUGGUACAAAGGAGGAUACAAACCAAGCGUGGAAGAAUACAUGCAAAAUGCUUGGAUUUCAAUUUCUGCUCCAACAAUGUUAAUCCACUUUUACUGUGCUUUCUCUGGCCAAAUCUCGGUUCAAAUUUUGGAGUCUUUGGUCCAACAACAACAAGACGUCGUCCGAUGCUCUGCCACUGUGCUCCGUCUAGCUAAUGACCUUGCAACUUCGCCGGAUGAAUUGGCGAGAGGAGACGUUCUCAAAUCGGUCCAAUGUUACAUGCAUGAGACCGGAGUUUCGGAGGAAGAGGCACGCACACAUGUGCAGCAGAUGAUAAGUCACACGUGGGACGAGAUGAACUAUGAAGCAAGAACAGCGGCACGCAGUUCUUCGUUACUUUCUCGACGUUUUGUUGAAACUGCAAUGAACCUGGCACGUAUGUCGCAGUGCAUGUACCAACAUGGCGAUGGUCAUGGAUGUCCCGACAAAGCCAAGAUCGUUGAUCGUGUCCAAACCUUGCUCGUUGACCCAAUCCCAUUAGAUUAAAAGACACUAAAAUAUUUCCUAAUAGUAAGAAAACAAGUUAUAUUAUACUUUGUGUGCGAUGUUGGAUUACGGAACUGAUUUAAAAUAAAAGUUUCGAUUUCCAAAAUUAAGACUUUUGCAAAGUUAACAAUUAAUUUUUAAACUUAAGCAACCAUG